AUGACUGCGUUAUCCAGUAGUUAUAGAGCACUAAACGCUAAAUAUUUCCUUUAUUUAUUUUCAUUCAUCUCAUUAUGUUUACUAUUCUUUAAGUCUGACGACGGUACAUUGAAAACAGACUGGUUGUCUAAAUAUACUAUAGACUCAUACAAUAGAGAAAAGACUUAUUAUUUCCCAUUUAGUAAAAGGUUUAAACUUCCAAAAUAUUCCUAUAAAAAACUCGAAGACAAUAGCAUUCCUGAUAGUGGGCGUGUUGUAGAAGAACAUAUAAUACAUUAUAAUUUGAACUACCUAUCAAGGACCGAUAUUGUCAACACCAAUAAAGUGUUAGUUUUGACUGUUGUGGAAACAUAUAAUGAAAAAUAUUGGAGUAAUUUACUGAACCUAUCCUUCGAUAAACAAUCUCUGGAGUUAGGUUUAAUGGUACUACCUACAGAGGAAGGCGAUGCUGUCUUAAAGAAACUGGAAACCAAAAUAAAGGAUAUCCAAGGGCAAAAAGAAAACGGUGUAUUUAAGAAGAUUACGAUAUUACGUGCCAAUGCUUCUCCGGAUUAUCUUACGGUAGGGCAUGAUGAGAUACAGAAGGAACUUAUAAAACGUAAAUAUCUAGCUACUCUAAAAAACGAAUUAGUCACAUCGACCAUAGGCCCAGAAGACAGAUAUAUCCUAUGGUUAGGUUCAGAGAUUACCGAAACACCAGAAUCCUUGAUAGAGGAUCUUAUUUCAGUGAAGAAACCAGUAGUGACAGCAAACAUACAAAAGCAUCAAGAAAACAUCAAAGAAGGGGUUUCCUAUGAUUAUGAGAAUUCAAAGACUUGGAUUGAGAAUGGUAACUGGCAACUCCAACUCAACACGUUUCCACCUAAUUAUGUGGUUAUGGAAGGUAUUGGUGGUGUAGUUACUGAAAGAGUGCAUAUCAAUCAUCUUAUGGAGAAAGAAAAUACGAAAGAAUCCCAUCUAAGUGCAAUAGGUAUGGAUAGUGUAUCAAUGGCAUGCACAUUGGUUCAAUCUGAUGUCCAUAGAGAUGGAGCGAUGUUUCCAAAUUUCCCAUUCUACCACUUUGUAGAUACCGAAGGUUUCUCGAAGAUGGUUAAGAGACUCAAUUAUAAUCUAUUUGCUCUACCAAAUUAUAUAGUAUAUCAUAGUUGA